UACGCAGAGAACCGGCGAAGACCACGGAUGUCACCAGCAAGGAGUCCACGCAUACGUCGCCGGUGACGGCCAGCCCCGACGAAUCGAUGCUGGGCUACCCUAAGGGCCAGGAGCUCGUCGCGCUGGAGGCCACGCCCACACAGACCUCGCUCGACAAAAUCAUGACCGUGCGAGGUGGAGGCCAACCGCAGCUGGCAGUCGGAGGUGCCGCCGACGCCAGCGGGGCUAGUUUUCAGGACCGGGUUCUCCGGGGCCUGCAAGGCGUCCAGGCUGGUUCCGUUGGAGCGACGAAAGAGACCGCGUCAGGAGAGCCGAAUGCGUCGAAACGCCCGUCGCCCCUGCUGUUCAAGUCGCCGCUGACGUGCUGCGAGCUCUGCGCCUGCGCCCUGGUCGUUGCUCUGGUGGCGGGCUUCGUGAUGCUGUGGCGACGCGGGAGCGGUGAGCCGGAGCCCCUGGCGCACGUUCUCGAGCCCGUGGCCGACGACACGGCGCGGUGCGAGGCGAACGAGUGCGGUCAGCUGAACUCGCUGCUCGACGCCAGCAUGGACCGCGCCGCGGACCCGUGUCAGGACAUGCACCGAUACGUGUGCGGCGGCUGGGACCGGCACCACCCGGGAAUGAGCGUGCGCCAGUACACGCAGACUCUAGACUGGCCAGCUGGUCAGCGCCUUCUAACGGCACAAAGCGACAUGAUCGACAAGAGCAAGACAGACCAGCAAAAGAUCAGCAAGAUCCUGUCGCGCCGCGCCUGGUGGGCGAACCGCACGUUCGUGGAAGACGGCGAGGCGCGGCGCACGGGGCGGUUGUACGCCGGCGUCGCGGGCCAGGCGGCGUUGGUGUUCGACGCCUGCGAGGACGUCCUACGGCACGGCAACCGCGACAUCGAGCCCAUCGCGGCCAUGCUGCGCGGCGCCGGCUUGACGUGGCCGCACGUGAACGAAGAGAUGAACGUGCUCAAGGCGCUAGCCUUCAUGGACGAGACGCUCGACUGGGCUGUCCUGUUCGACUUCGAGCGCGUACCGCGGCGCGAGACCACGUGUCGCCACCCAGCCGGCACUCGCAGCCGGCGCUUCCACACCAGAGGCGGCGGCGACUACGUCGUGCGAGUGAAGGUGUCGCGCCACUUCCUCCCGCUUCGCCGCCUGGUGACCGACAUGAUGGCGCGGGGCCGCUUCGACGCGUACCUGGAGCUCCUCUUCGUGACGCUCGUCGACCGCGAGUUGAAGCCCGUGCCGGUGGCCGAGGAAACCAAGGUCAUCGAAAAGGAGGAUGUUCCCUACCUGGUUGAGGCGGCAAAGAACACCACCUCGCAGCCGCUGUGCACCACAACCGAGGGGGUGGUCCUCCUGACACCCUGGCUGACAGCCGAUGUUUGGCAGAAAUUCCUGGUCGGUCAAUACGGCUUCGAUCCUGGUCGUCCUGUGCACAUGGAGAUCGUGUGUCCCGAGCUAUUCCGUGUCUUCUUCCGUUCAGAGCGCACAGCGAGGGCAGCGCACCGGGCCCCGAGGCCUCAGUGGUUCAUCGCUCAGGUGGUCAGUUGGUACGCGCUGCAGACGUGCGUCAUGUUCGCCUAUGCACCGGUCGUCGAGCUGAUGUACGCGAACAGCACGGUGGCCGCUGAGGCGCAUGGUCGCGCCUGCCUCGAUCUUUCCACUUCAUUCUCCGGCACGGCGUACGGCUUCCUGGCGCUGCCCAGGGACCGCUUCGAGGACGCCUACUGGGAGACACGCUCCAUUGUCAACAGGUCAUUUAACAACGUCUGCUCGAGGGAGCAAGGUGGCGUAUACUGUUGGGGGUACCACGGUGCUCUACACAAACCCCAGGUGACAGACUCGUUCCUUGGCGACUUCGUGGGUUCGCACUGGCGCUCGAGCGACGCUCGUGGUGUCCGGCUUCUGUCCCGCAACCGACUCGCCAUCAGCCUGCUCCGGCACGCGGUCGACGUGUUCUCGUCGUGGGCUACUUACUACCCGGCGCGCAGCUCGUUCCUCGCGGUCUGGCAGUGGGCCUCCAGCGGGCGCGUCUCCGAGGUAUUCCUUCCUCGAAGGCGGGAGAGCGACGCCAGCUGCUGCGUCCGCGAAGGUGGCGUCAGUGCACUGGUCUCCGCCAGCUCAACCGGCGUUGCCUGCUGCGGCCUGUUCGAUGAACUGGUCGCCACGGCUGAUUGGAACGCCCUGGCAUGGGAGAAGAUCGACGACGACACCAGCAAUGGCAGCCGGCCGUACCUGGUGCAACCGAUCGCCUGGAACGUUCCUUUCUUUGCACCCGGCCUGACAAUUCCACUGAAAUACGGCGCAUUCGGGUCGCUGCUCGCCGCCGUGGUCGCCGCCAACUACUUCGAAGCCGGCGGCGAAGUCCUGGAAUACGAAAUGCUCGUAAGGACCCUCGCUGCGUGCCUCAACGCGACGGAAUUGUCCUCCGGCGACCGCCGCCGCUCUUGGGGCGUGUCUGCGGAUGCCGUCGCCAGGAGCCUGGCACUGAGAAACGCCACGCUGGAGCCGCUCUGGAAGGCGUACCUCGCUGCCUGGGAGUACCGCAGCAGUCACGACGUGUCGUCGUCGUCGCCGCCGUCGCCGGUAGAUGUCGCGCACGAACGUCGCAGCGGCGAUGACCGUCUCUUCUUCGUGUCCUGGUGCUACGCCGUCUGCGGCGAGCCGGGCGCCAGCGAGCUGUGCAACGUGCCGCUCAGGUCUGGAGGCAGGUUCGCGAGUGGCAACUUUACGAGCGCCUUCGGGUGUCGCGCCGGCGAUCCGAUGACGGUGCCGGCGAAGUGCGCUCAGUUGUAA